AUGGCAAGCGAACAGGAGUACACUCUUGAGCAGGUCAAGACGACCAGGAUCGCGUCGGAUGAUAUCGACAAGACCUUUCGCUCUAGCAGUAUCGAUCUCAUCUCUGCGGCCCUCGGCGGAAAGAUCCUGGCUUUCUCAGACGAAUGGUUUGCGGAGGCUACCAACCUGUUGACGCCCACUCCUCCCAUCAGGCAGCCUGGCAAGAUGGUUUACACUGGCGCUUGGUACGAUGGCUGGGAGACCAGACGACACAACACAGAGCCGUUUGACUGGGUUAUUGUCCGUCUCGGCGUUGCUUCUGGAACCGUUGAGGGUGUUGAAGUUGACACUGCUUUCUUCUCUGGCAACCAUGCUCCCUCAAUCUCGGUAGAGGGCUGUUUCAAUCUCAACGACGACGAGGUCGUCUCAUGGAAGGGCGGCAGAGGACAGUGGGAUACGAUUCUCGGCAACGAGGAGUGCGGCCCCUCUCGGCGCUUCGGUUGGAGGUUGGCCGAGCCCAAGCAGAAGCAGUACACUCACGUACGCCUGAACAUGUACCCCGACGGUGGUAUCGCUAGAUUCCGCCUCUUCGGCCACGCUGUGCCUGUCUUCCCCGAGGAUAAGGAGGCCAUCUUCGACCUGGCCGCGGCGCAGAAUGGCGGUGUUGCCAUCUCGUGCAGCGACCAGCACUUUGGCACCAAGGAUAACCUCCUGCUGCCGGGCCGCGGCAAAGAUAUGGGUGACGGAUGGGAGACGGCUAGAUCACGCACCAAAGGUCACGUAGACUGGACGAUUGUUCGCCUUGGCGCACCAGGAUACAUUCAGAACGUCGUCGUGGACACGGCACACUUCCGUGGUAACUUCCCACAGAAGGUCAAGAUCGAUGCUCUUGAAUGGAAGGAGAGCGGCGAGCCCGGAGCGGACGCCGCCGGAUGGACUGAGAUUGUGGCCCCGAGCAAGUGCGGGCCGGAUCAGGAGCAUGACUUCCAGAGCGACAUCAAAGACAAGGUUGCGUCUCACGUGAAGAUCACCAUCAUCCCGGAUGGAGGAGUUAAGAGACUUCCUGCCCCUCCUUCCACCAUGGACUUCGGGGACGUUAACGGUGGACUUGGCGACGAACAGAAGCCUCGCCCUCUACCCUCAGACUUGCCCAAGUCCCUAGACGAUCGCAGCCAUCGUCCACGCGAGCUGGUACCGGAGACGGAAAUGUAUGAUGGUUGGCAGGGACAAUCGCAGUUUCUGACCACGCCCGUACUUGCAAAGCCCCUCAACUUUGGCAAUCUGAGCUUAGACGACUCUACGUACGAUGAAGAUAUUACUACAGGCCCCAAGAAUAGCGACGCACGUCUGAUGGAGAUGCUCGCCGCCCAAGCCGCCCACCGGGUCGGCCCGGGUUUCGAUGACGAGAAUACGAUACUGGCCGACGAGAAGCUUCCCGAAGAUGAGAAGAAGGACUUGUUGCAAAAGGCACUCAACAUGGCUGCGAGCAACGGCGACACCGAGAGGAUUGGCAGCAUACUCAGCGGGAAAGCCAAAGAAUACGUCGACGUCAAUGCGCCCGACGAAGACGGAACCCCUCCGCUCAUAUACGCGAGCUGCUUCGGCCACGAAAGUGUCGUCAAGGCGCUUAUCGACGCUGGCGCUGACGUCGACAAACAAGACCGGAAUCAAUGGAGCGCGCUUAUGUGGGCGAUGACGAACCGGCACAAGAGCAUCGCCAAAAUCCUCCUCGACAACGGGGCAUCGGCCGAGCAAAAGACCUCGUCUGGCCGGACGGCCUUCGACUUCGUGCCACCGGACAGUGACAUGUCCUUCUAUCUGCACGACAGUGGCUACAACAUAGGCAAUGCGGGAACGGAUGACUUCUACAACCCUGGCUUUUCGCAAGACCGUUUUGAAGAGGAAAUGGCCGAAAACGAGCUGCGCAGACGAAUGAUGAUGGACAGUGCACGCGAUCUCGAAGUUGACUUGGGUAACGUUGGCAUGGAUGAUCAGCCAGAAGCUACCGAUGAGUUCGAAGAGGAGCAGCCUGAAUUUGAUUGGUCUCGCUGUCUGCAUGAUCAAAUGUUUGUGUUCCAAGAACACGAACUUGACCGCAUUCUAGACAUUGUCAUUACCAAUAUGACACCUCAAAGAUCUCCCGCACAGAAGCCGGUGCCUGCGAACAUGAUCUUCCUUAGUGCGAGAUACGCGCACUACCACUCUAGCCCCGACUUGUUGGCUAAGCUGAUGAUAUCAGCCAUGGACAAGAUCAAUGAUGUCGUUGAGCAGUAUCAAUGGGAUAUGACGAUCUUGGCUUUCUGGAUUUCUAAUGCCACCCUACUGCUUCAUUAUCUCAAGAAAGACGCUGGACUUGUGGAGGCUACGGUUCAGUUCCAGGCUCAACUUUCAGAGCUCAUUAAUGAGAUUUUCAUCCUCAUUGUCAGGGAUGCGGAAAGGCGACUAGACAAGGUUCUCGACGCUGCGAUGCUCGACCAUGAGACCAUUCCCGGAUUCGAGGACAUUGCCUUCCAAAACGAAUGGAGAAUUUUCAAGCGCAAGGCGCAAGUCAAGGAAGAACCCUUAGAAAAGCGCUUCCGGCCACCGUCCCCGAAGCAAAGGGCGAAGCCUGCUCCGCGCAACGUCACCUCCCUGCUGUCGUCCACUUUGUUUGUGCUGGAUCUCUACGACAUCCACUCAGUUAUCACAGCGCAGAUCGUCUCACAGUUGCUAUACUGGCUUGGAGCAGAGCUUUUCAACCGCAUCAUGUCUAACAGAAAGUACCUUGCGCGGACGAAAGCGAUGCAAAUUCGAAUGAACGUCUCAACGCUGGAGGAUUGGGCUAGAACCAACAACCGACAACCCGAGCACUACGAGGGAGGCGAGACGAAGUCCUCUGGCGAAACGACGGUGGACGCGGCGAGGCGGCAUCUUGCGCCCGUCAUUCAGCUUCUGCAAUGGCUGCAGUGCUUUUCUUCGCUCGGUGCCGACGACCUCGAGGCCCUCGUGGGCACCCUGCAACAGCUCAAGCGGCUAAGCCCACAACAGCUGAUCCACGCAGCGCAACAUUACAGGCCCGAAGUCGGCGAGAAGGGACUACCGAAGAGUGCCCUCAAGUAUCUCAACGCGAUUCAAGCAGAGCAUGUGCGCAGAAAGGAAGACCGCAAGAGCGCCCCCUCAACGCCGGUCAAGGUGAAAGAUGCCAAUGGUGGUAGUGCGGACAACACCGCUGGUAAGGCAAAUAAGGGCCCAGGUGGAAAUGAGAGUGAAGAGGAAGACGAGGAUGUGCCGGAGAAUCUCCUCAUGGAUCCGGCCUUGAUGCUACCAUUCACGCUGCCAUCCGUAACGGACAUGCUAGUCUCGUAUGGGGCAGGCUUCGGAGGUGUCAACAGGGAGCGGGCGCGCAAAUACAUUCCUUCCGUUCCGCCCGAGUUCCUUUCGAAACUUGAGGCUAGCGGCGCACGGAAGGGACCAAUGUUCAGUGAAAAGGAUUGGGAGAAUGAGGAGGUUUGA